UCAGAGUAAUCGUAGGAGGACAGAGAAGGGAACUUGUGUCAGCGUGGGUGCUGAAGCAGGAGAAUGACAUGCUGGAUAAAGGGGCAGCGAUGAUGUCCAGUACCACAUUCAAAAUGUCCAGGUCACAGUGAAAGCCUCCUGUCAUAACAACACUAGUGCCAUCAAGAUCCAUCAGAAGCAGAUAGCAUGCAGAACCUCCGGCAUGCCGCUUCUGAGGCUUCCAGCGUCUCGGGUUAAAACAAAGACAUCUGGGCUACGAGGAGUUGAAUGGAUGCAUUUGUUCCCCUCAGCGAAUACAACAUGGCUGUUUGUGUUUAGCUCUCAUGGAUGGGAGAUGGAGUCAUAAGACCAGGCCUGCAGACACACACACACACACACACACACACACUUUCUCAUGCAAGUCAUAUGAGUUAUCCAGCUUAAUCAGAGAAAGUGAGAGUGAGUAAGAGAGUAGAUUUGGAGAUGGAGGAUUUCCUGUGGAGAAUGCAGGUCUGGGUGUCUUUAAGCUUGAGGAGAUGUUGUUGGUGUUGUGGAGAUAAAAGAAAUGAAGUCAGAAGGGAUGAAAAAGAGGAAAUGUUUGAGAUGAGAGUGGAAGAGAUAAAGGAAGCAAUGAAAAUGGAAGAAAAACCAUCAAAAACAUGGAGUGUGUCCUCCCUCCCAGUCGCUGAGCUGGGUGAGCUGGAUGGGGUGGAGAAACCACAGCCGCACUGGUUUCACACGCUGCAGGUGCGACGGCUCAGAGUUCAGAGGGGCCGCAGUAACAGCGAUCCUAUGGGAGGAAAGAGCUUCCAGCAAGAGUUCCAGUGGAAAACUGGCCUGCAGUUUGGGAAUGCAACAUCUUAUCUAAAUCUUGAAAAGCUUGGCGAGGGCACAUAUGCCACAGUGUACAAAGGAAUUAGCAGGAUAAACGGUCAUCUUGUGGCUUUAAAGGUGAUUCACAUGAAAACUGAGGAAGGAAUUCCAUUCACAGCUAUUAGAGAAGCCUCCUUGUUAAAGGGCCUUAAACAUGCCAACAUCGUCUUGCUUCAUGACAUCAUCCACACGCGGGAGUCUCUCACCUUUGUCUUUGAGUAUGUGCAAACAGAUUUGUCUCAAUACAUGAUUCAGCAUCCUGGUGGACUUCACUCAUACAACAUUAGGCUCUUUAUGUUUCAGUUGCUGCGAGGAUUGUCUUACAUUCACAGCAGAAGAAUUCUGCAUCGAGACCUCAAACCUCAGAAUUUGCUCAUCAGUUAUUUGGGGGAGCUCAAAUUAGCCGAUUUUGGUCUGGCCCGAUCUAAGUCCAUACCAUGCCAAACAUACUCAGCCGAGGUCGUGACUUUAUGGUACCGCCCGCCAGAUGUUCUCAUGGGCUCCACUGAUUACUCCACAGCCCUGGACAUCUGGGGAGCUGGCUGCAUUUUUAUCGAGAUGCUACAGGGGUCACCAGCGUUUCCUGGAGUAGCUGAUGUCUUUGAGCAGCUGCUGAAGAUUUGGGCUGUCCUCGGGGUCCCGACCGAGGAGAGCUGGCCAGGUGUCAGUGAUCUGCCAAACUAUAAACCAGAGUGGUUCCUGCCCUGCAAGCCCCAGCAAUUUCGAGAUGUCUGGAAAAGACUCGCUCAGUUACCCUACAAGACGGAGGAUCUGGCCCAGCAGAUGCUGAUGAUGAAUCCAAAGGACAGGAUUUCAGCCCAAGAUGCAUUGCUACACCCAUAUUUCAACACUCUUCCACCUCCGUUAAUGCAUCUAAGGGACACUGUGUCCAUCUUUAAGGUGCCGGGUGUGAGGUUAGAGACGGAAGCGAGGGAUAUCUUCAGCCCCAGCAGACGAAUGAAAUCGCCUCUUGCUCCGCUGGCCAAGUGCUGGUGAAAGUCUCGCCUUUGUAAAUAGUUGGUGUGCUUGUAAAACCAAAAACACACCAGCAUGAGUAAACGUGACACUGUUGCAGCAUGGCGGUCAGUUUGUAUGUUGUUUAUUCAGAUCUUAAUCAGCUUAAUCAAAUAUAUUUCUAAAAGAAUAUCAGAUUCUAUUUCAUAAGAUUCGCUGUUUUUACAAUUUGGACUAGUAUUACCUAAAACAUGUUUUAUGGUUGAUCAAACCUGAUUUCACCACUGUAUUUCAUACAUUCUAUAUUUUUUUAGAUCCAUAUCCACCUUAUUUUUUAAGUAAUUUAUAGGAGUGCGUGCAUCCAUUUAUAACUUGAAUGCGUGAGGCUUCCAGUGUCAUUUUAGCUGUACAAAAAAUAGUCCUUUAAGCGGCUUGAUGUUGCAAACUGGUAAUUGUUAUAUUAUAUUAUAUUAAUUUAUUAUCAUAAUCAUAAACACCAGUUUGUUGCACAAAUAGUUUUACCAUUUACUGCUUUCUCUUAUUCUUCCAGUCGGAGCAGCUAAUCUGAAGUCUUUCAUAUUCACAGAAAAUAGCUUCUGCGUUGCACAAUAAGUUGGAUAGCAUCAUAUUUAUUGAGAGAGGCUCACAUAUGUUGGCUUUUCUGCCUCUCUGCAAACUGAUGUCCAGAGAAUGUUUACUGCACAAUUUGAUUGUAAAUAAGUUUAAAUUAAAUGCACUUAUUGAUUUGAUAUGUAAUUUAGUUUUUGUAUAUUUUGCACAGAAAAGAGAUGAAGAGUGUGCGAGAGAGAUGAUUUUGGAAUAUGAUAUGGAAAUAUGUGAAAGAAUAUACCUACUAAUCUUUCAAAGCUCUAUUGUGUAGUGUGCAGGUGAAAAAAAAAACAGAAUUGUAUGCAUUCAUAAAACACACCUGGAGAGAGUCUCACCCGAAAUUACCUGUUUUUGUACAGCACAUAGGCCUACUCAUAUUUCUCCUGUACGCUGAUGGCCACUGUGUCGAAACAUGUUCAGAACUGUUUUUAGCUGUGUUUGUAUCAAGUUCAUAAUUAAUAGUUUCUGUAUCUCUACAUUUUUUACAUAUUAGCCAUGUCUGUAUAUGAUGUUGAGAUUCAAAACAUGUGCUGCUUCUACAUCAAUGUUCUAAAGGAGAGAUGUACAGCAAUAUUGGUCACCAACAUUAAAAAAAAAUAAUACUUUCAAAUAAUAGAAACAAUCACAUUGCCAGUCACUCAAUGCUGAUGUCGUAAAUGGAUAUGCCUGAGUACUUCCACACACUUCAACAUAAUGCAAUACUGUGAAAACUGGGUAUGUGUUCAUAUAACUGUAUACAAUCCCACUGUGUCUUGACUUCUGAAUAAAUAUUGUAAACAUGAAACCAGUAAAUAAAUAAAAGAUUUUAAAAAAAAUAGAAUUUUA